UCCAGCCCUUUAAACAACGCUGUUGCCUGUUAUCAAGCUAACUUUUUGCUCUUAGUGCCAGAAUUGAUUGUGGUAAGACAUCUUUCACUGAGAAAUAAAUAAAAUGGAACAUAAUGGGUCUGCUUCAAAUGCUGAUAAAAUCCACCAGAAUCGCCUGUCGAGUGUGACAGAAGAUGAAGACCAAGAUGCAGCUCUUACCAUUGUGACUGUGCUGGACAAAGUAGCUGCCAUCGUGGACAGCGUGCAGGCCAGCCAGAAGAGGAUAGAGGAGAGACACAGGGGUAUGGAAAAUGCCAUCAAGUCCGUCCAGAUUGACCUGCUGAAGUUUUCACAGUCACACAGCAACACAGGCUAUGUCAUUAACAAGCUGUUUGAGAAGACCCGAAAGGUCAGCGCUCACAUUAAAGAUGUGAAGGCCCGAGUGGAGAAGCAACAAACUCACGUUAAAAAAGUCGAAGCCAAGCAAGAGGAAAUAAUGAAGAAGAACAAAUUCCGUGUGGUGAUAUUUCAGGAGGAGAUUCAGUGUCCGACAUCCCUGUCUGUCAUGAAAGACAGAAGCUUGACUGAGGGUCCAGAGGAGGAGGACGAUAUCUUCGAUCCCCCAGUUGAUCUGUCUUCGGAUGAAGAAUAUGUUGAAGAGAGCAGAUCUGCCAGGCUUAGAAAGUCAGGCAAGGAGCGCAUUGAUAAUAUCAAAAAAGCUUUUUCCAAAGAAAACAUGCAGAAGACACGGCAGAAUUUUGACAAGAAAGUGAACAGAAUUAGGACUAGAAUAGUGACCCCAGAGAGGAGAGAGCGGCUAAGGCAGUCGGGGGAGAGGUUAAGGCAGUCGGGGGAGAGGUUAAGGCAGUCAGGGGAGAGGCUGAAGCAGUCAGGGGAGAGGUUUAAGAAAUCGAUUUCUAACGCAGCUCCCUCAAGGGAAGCUUUCAAGAUGGGUAGCCUUCGGAAAACUAAAGACCGAGCUGUGGCCGAAGGUCCGGAAGAGGUCAGGGAGAUGGGGGUGGACGUCAUUGCCAGGAGCGCGUCUCUGGGCCCCAUCAGUGAGCUGUACACUGAGGUGCACAGUGGAACAGACCCCGAGGCCAGCACCACGCAUCCUCUCCGAGAAGGCAGGGAAAUCUCCACCCCCGAGCCUUUAAAAGUUACUUUUAAACCCCAGGUGAAAGUAGACGAUGAUGAAUCUCUUUUGCUAGAUUUAAAGCAGUAAUUAUAAAAGGGGAAUUAAGCAUAUUAUAAUUGUAAGUUUCUUUAAUCACACAAUUUUAGUUUAAUUAGUAUAGUCAUUUACAUGUACAUGCCAUUUAGGAAUACAUAAAUGGUAGGGCUGUUUCAUUUCUUAGGUUUAAAAUCUUAAAAAUAAUACAGUUAUUAAUAUACAUUUCCUUGUAACUUCCUGGGGAAUUCUUUUUUUUCCCCCCUCCCCCCAGGGCUUAUAUGAUUCUAUCAGCUUUCUCUUUUAGGUCACUCUCAGGCAGCUGUGGAUUUUUAAGUACCUUUCUCUUGCCCAUCAGAAAAAUAGUUUUCUAGUGAGGGCCAAUUAGGUGUUUGGUAGUCCACAACAAAUGAAGGGCAGAUUUGUGGCCAUCAUUUAUCUGCACGUGAACUCUCGAUUUUGGUCUAGAUUAAUGUUAUGGCCCAGCUCAAAGGGGAAUAACUCACAUGUGGAUUUUAUGUAUAUGUUCAAAUCAAUAGAAUACUAACAGAGUAGCAGUCACACCCCUUUUUGCGUAAGGACAUUGAUGUGCUGUACUUGAGCAUUUGGUUCUGGCAUCACAGCUUUGCUUGUACAGGGAGCCACUUGGCAAGUCGUCUGCUAACGGUCUGGCCAGUAAAAUGAGAGGGUUCGCCUGUCCUGCCCAUCUCGGAGGACUGUUGUGAAGAUUAAGGAAGUGUUAUACGUUCUGGGGGAACAAGAACCAUUUCCAGAGAAAACAAACCCCACUGGUCCUUCAAAAAGAGAAUUGAAGUAAUUAUAUCUUUUGAAAAAUCCGUGAGCUCCAAGCAGUGAGGACCUAGGUCGAACAGACACUAAAGUUGGUCUUCAGAAGCUUUAUCACAGAAUCAAGAAUGAAAAAUAAAUGUUUGCGUGACAUCUUUCUCGUCAAAGACUAAAACCAGACCUUGGGUUUGAGUUGGGUCUUAAAACGUUUUUCUGAUUUUCUUCUGAUCCAGAUCUCUGGUGGACUAGAGCAGCAUUGUUUUGAGCAGUGUGAAGCCUGCAACUGUGGCUGUGUCUUCAAGAGGCCUUUCUAAAGUCAGCCCUUGUUUAGUGCUUGGAAAUGACCUCAGGUGUUUCUGAUUUCCAGAGUGAACCCCUCAGGGCCCGUCUGUCUGAAACUGUUCAUAGGAGUUCAGCAUAGCUGCUGUGGGAGGAGGCAGGAUUCCACCUAUUUGUUAGCUAUAGAUCUAGCUGAUCCAGAAGUAGGAAAGAGAGAAAUGGUCAUACUGGUUCUGCACUUGUAAAUAUUUAAAUCUUCUGGUUUGUAAAAGGGAAUAAAUGAUGGAAUUGUGGAAUUCGAAGAGUUUGAACAGUAGUCAGCUUUCAGAUCAGUUUUGGAUGCUCAUGUAGUAAUUAAAAAUUGUACACACACACACACACACACACACACACAAAUCAGCUUUAAUAUAUUUAACUCAGUUACCCAGCUAUUUGGUUUGGGAGUUUGGUUCAACAUCAUUUCCUCUUCACUCUGCAUGAAUACAUAAGAUCAUGACUUGUUAAUCUCAUUAU